UAAAAAAAAACCCUACAGCAUUUAUCACUCCUUCAGUCAGUGGUGUUUGUUGUUCAACUGAUCAAAAACAUCGCGCCUUGUACAAACUUCAAAAAAUUAUUUAUUUAUCAUUAUUAUCUGUCGGAAAAAGGAAUGAGCAAUAAUCCACAAAAUCCUUUUCAGAGAGGAGCUCCUGUGAAUGCUCCAGGUACUUUUAUACCAUCUCCUAGGCUCUCCCCUCAAAAUAAUAAUUCACGAAAUGUCACUCUACCACCACAACCUGUAUCCUACUCAAGUAGCAUUAUGACAUUAAUUCCUCUUGAUGCACCAGAUGAAUGGGAUAAACUGUUAUCACAAUGUUGGACAACACUUUGUGAGGAAAUACAAUUGCAACAAAUAAGAAAAGAUGAAAACUUGAUAUUAACAAAAUUACAGGAAAAAAACUUUCCACCAAACAAUAAGGUACCAAUGUAUGGCUUAUUGUAUGGAAUAUUAACAGCAGAAGAUGCUACCCAAUCUGGAAUAUUCUUUAGAAUUUUAAACGCAAUUGUCCAUGACCAUAAGACUUUAAGUGAUGAAUUGAAAAAGUUUAUAGAAUCUAAAUUUUACAAACUUCAGGAUCCAAUAACAGAAAGAAUAGCAACAUUUUUGAAUGAUUGUAUCAAAAUUAAUCCUCAAUUUGAUGCACCUUUCAUUUCACUUGUUAAAAAUAUGAAAACCUACGAGUUUACGAAGAGAAAUCUGACUCUUGCCGAUAAAAUUUUGGACAUUUGCUACCAAAAUAAGGAAUGGAUUUAUGCGAAUGCCAAAGUUUUAAUGAAAGUUUUGUAUAGUUUCUUGAGAAUGAUUGAGGAUAUGAAAAUUUUUGGUGUGGAUCGUCAGUAUGAAGCUCUAAUGAGAAAACAACUUCAAUUGGUUGAAGAUAUAAUCAGAGACAAUUUACAAAAGGAGGCUAUUCAAUCUAUGGGACGUGAUUUUGUCAGAGUUGUUUAUAGUCUUGCUAAGAAAUACAAAGUGAGUGAUAGUAUGGAAAAACUUUUAGGAAAUCAAGAUUUUUUAAAGAUUAUGAACUACCCUUCUUCAUCACGCGUUUUAGAUUGCAGAAUUAGCCAUGAUAUGUACACGCAAAUUUCAUUUUUAAUAAGUAAUGUCAAAUUUGGUAAUCAAAAAAGAUAUCAAUCAUGGUUUGCACAAAGAUUUUUUGCAACUCCAGAAAGUGAAGCAGUUAUUCCUGACUUGGUUCGUUAUAUUAAUUGUGUCUAUCACCCACCUCAUGAGUCUAUGCCUAGAUGGGCAGUACUAGGUUGGUUAUUAAAAUCUGUAAAGAAUGAGAAGAUUUUGGAAAAUACCAAACUAGCGAUUGUUUAUGAUUUAUUAUUUACUAUAUCAAGUGAUAUGAAUGAAGAGUUUGUAAAGAACAUUGUUUCUCCAACAUUCUUAAUCCUUUCCAACAAUGUUGGUAAAUACCCAGAAAUUACAAAUUCCCUUCUAGACUUUAUUUUCUACUUUAUUGAAAGAACAGAUCAAUAUUUACAUUUAACCAAACAACAGAUUAUUGGUUCAUUACAGACCUGUACUCAAAAAUUUGGUGCCAGUCAUAUUGCAACUGUAAUAGAAAAAACUGAUAAUGAGAGAAGAGAAAGAGUUAAGAAAUAUUUCACAAUCCAAAGUACACCACAAGUACAACCACCAGUUACUGUUACUCCUCUUCAAAUACCUGAGGGAGCUCAAUCAAAUUCAAACAAUAAGUCCCCAACUCUCUCUCCAUCAAAGAUACCACCAAGCGCAAAGCAACCAUCACAACAAACAAACCCUCCAUCAUCCGUUGAUCCAACCAAGAACAAUCCUCCUCUGGCUGUCAAAACAAAUAAUAGAUCUGGCACAACUCCUUUAGCUCCAGUUUCUGUAAAAUCUCCAACCUCACCAUCAAGACAGCCAUUUGCCUCUAUUUCAAAAGAAACUGAUAAUAAGACUAUUCGAGAAUUGAUUGAAGAAACCACAAAGACAGCAACUAACAAAACCAAAUUUUUGGAAUCGUUUGAACCACUCAUAUCAAAUCUUACCAAGCAAGUCGGUGACUAUUAUGACUCAAUUUCGUCAACUAAACAAGAAGAUAAAGAGGUAGAGGAACUAAGAAAGACUUGUAAUCAAACAAUCAAGGAAGUUGUGGAGUUUUUCUCCAAUAAUGUCCUCAAUCAACAACCUACAGAUAUUCAAGCUUUUGCCACAUUUAUCAUGAGACUAGUUAGUUUUGAAAUGUUGGCCCAAACACAAUCAAAUACAUACAACCUACAACAAGGAAAUCCUUCAGCAGUUAUUGUACAAACCAUUCUUAAAGAGCGUGCAGAAGAUGAGAAAAAACAUUUUGAAAAAUGUUUACUUAGAAAUCAAUCAACUUUAUUGUGUUGUCUUUUGGAUGAAAUUUGUACUAGAGUUCUAUCAUAUCUUGGUAAUCAAAACAAGGAAGCUUCAUCAGCUGAAAAGAAUAGAAUUGCUAAAUUGAAAGAAAAAUUCUCCCAUCUUGUCAAAUUCAUGUACAAGACGGACAUGUCACUUGGAUAUAGACUACUUUGUUUUUAUGUCAGUAAGAUUUACAAUGAUAAGAUACAAGCAUUGGAUUUGCUUAAACCAACAAGCACUGAUCCAUUUAUUAACAUUUUAAUAUUCAGUAACCACUAUAAGUACAAAUCGGGAUAUUCUGUAUUUUAUGAUUGGACACUUGGUGCUCGGAAAUCCAGUACCGAAGGAGCUCAAACACAAGAUCAGGUUUUUAUCAAAGAUUUAUCAACUUGCUUGGAAGAUAAUCAUCUUCUUUUUAUUAAUUUGUUGCCAAUUAUUUCUAGAGAUUUUUCUCAUUAUAUUCAAAAGAAUAAGGAAGAAUUUUUCAAAUUAAUCAUAACCAAGUUACAUCCAUACGAACUGCAGCAUGUUAACACAUUUGUCCAAAAUGGAAAACUUAAAAUUUUAUUCUCGCAAGGAAAAGCGAAGAAGGCUUCGGGUUCUGCUCAAACAAACCUGAAUGGAUUAGAUUAUAUCUCUCAGGCGAUAGUAAUGAUUCAAAAUCUGAAUGAUCACUUCUCAGACGAUUACGAACACCAAAUGUUUUGGACUUUACUCUCUAAUGAAAUCUGCUAUAAUCAUACACUCUUCUGUAUCAAUCAAACAGAAGAGGAAAGCGAAAAGAAGACCAGCCAACAACAACAACAAGUAGGUCUCUAUUACAAAUUCCCAAUAUCCCAAUUCAUCAUUUCUCUCCUAAAUACUUUAUCUCAACAUGAAGUUUAUUCUGAUAUUCUUCUAACUCUUGUACAAAGACUUACAGCUAUUAAUCCUGACGGAGAGGCUUUGUUUAGCUAUGAAUUCAUUCAAUACGUAAUGACGUUACCAUUUGAAAAGUAUACUACUUUCCCUUCAACCCUUUUGCAUCACUAUUUACAGUGCCAAUAUAUCAAAAAUGAUGGUUUCCUUCUUGAAGUUACUGAAAAGCAUAUUAUUGGCGUUCUACAGGAAUAUCUUGAAAAGAUGAACGACAAGAAUGCCGAAACUUGUCAAGAUAUUCUUAUGCAUCUCUAUUAUAUGAAACUUUUAACCAAUCACUCACUUCACUAUAUGUCUUCAAACACCAAUAAUCAUUACUUACUUUUUGAAUGCGAAAAUUUCCUCAAACAGAUCAGAAAGAUUAAGGGUCAAUUGUCAAGUAAGAAUGAAAAGAUGAAGUUUAUAUUUACACAAUUGAUAGGAGAUUUCGACCAGGGAGAAAAUGAAGAAGAUAUCAACGAAGCAACCACUGAUGAUGCUGACGUCAAGAUGACAGAAAAAACAGAGGAAGAAAAGGAAGAAGAAGAAUCUCCAAAGCCUCCAAGAAGUGCCAGAAACAAAAGAAAUAAGAAAGUAGAGGUUAGUGAGGAUGAAGAGGAGGUAGAAGAAGACGAAGAACAAAACAGUCAGGAAGAAGAUGAUGAAGAAACAAAACCUAAAAAGAGAAAAGUCACAAAGGAACAAAACGAGGAAGAACAAGAAAAUGAUGAGACCAUUGAAGAAGAAAUAUCAGAAGAUGAAGAAACCAAAGUUUUGAACAAUAUCAAGUCCAAGAGAAGAGGCUUUGUCAGAAGAAAGAAGGUAAAAUAAAUUUGGCGCCAAAUUUUAAAAAUAAAACAGUUACGCUUGUUU